AUGGCAGGACAUCGUACCACACUUAAGAAGUCUCAGAAAGCUUUUAAAAGUGGUCAUGCCUCGAAAAGAUCCAUUAAGGCUGCAAGUAAAGGUAAAGUGGAGAAAAGUGAUAUCUCAGGACCCAAGACAGACAAGGUCCAGACGAAGUCCAAUAGAAAGAACCUAGCCAAACAAUUAAAGAAGAAUAAGAUUAUUAAGACCUUGAAUCAACGUGCUUUGUUUGCAAAUGGCAGAACGGAGCGGAUUAUCACUUUCAUUCCGUUGACCUCUAAUCUCACUGCCAAAGAUAUGGUUAAUCAGUUACUGAAGGACGAAGGUAUAACCGUUCAAGAAGAAAUUUGCGUCAAGUCUCUUUUAAUCCAUCGUUACAAAGCAAAUUUGAAGGUGAUAUUACCCGAUAUGUCCAGUUUUACAGCGGUCCUUGAUGCUGCAAAGGUUGCUGACUUCGUUGUCUUUGGCCUCAGUGCUACCGAGGAGGUGGAUCCAAAUUUUGGAGAACAGAUUAUCAGAGCAGUGGAAUACCAGGGUAUAGCAUCGACUUAUUGCAUGGUGCCUGAUGUUGUCAGCACCUUUCCAAAGAAGAAGAAUCUUCAAGAAGACAUUGCAAAAUCGCUUUAUUCUUACUUUGGCCAUUUCUUCCCUGACUGUCAGAAACUAUAUAUGACGGAGAAUCAGUCGGAUUCGUUGAAUCUGUUGAGAAACCUCUGCCAGAAGUUCCCAAAAUCUGUUCGUUGGAGAGAUGCUCGUGGCUUCAUGAUUGUCGACCAUAUAAGCACUGCUGUGAAAAAUAAUGCGCAGAAUGACGAAGGAUACUUGGUUGUUGAAGGUACUGUGAGGGGAAGUGGAUUCUGUGCCAACAAUUUGGUUCAAUUGGAUGAUUUGGGAGAUUAUCAGGUUGAUAGAUUGGAGAGAUUGGCCAAGAAUGGUGAUGUGUCAGAAAAUAUAGUUGCAGAUGAAGAGAUCCGAGAAAGCUUGGAUGAAUUAUUACCAAUAGAGGACGAGCAGAUGGAUGAAGAUAUUCAAGAAGUAGAUGAAGAAGAAAAUGGGAACGGAAUGGAAGACCCUUAUGAUCUUGUGAAGAGAGAUGUUCAAGAAACUAUCCAUCACCAUAGGAAAUUGCCUAAGGGAGUCUCUGCGUAUCAAGCCAAAUGGCUAUUAGAUGAUGAUAUUAAUGAGAUGAUUGAAGAAAGAGGGGAGGCAUCCGAUACUGAUGAUGAGACUAGACCUGAAAUGCCAUAUAGACCCGAAGAUCAGUUUGAAGAAGGAGAUCUCAGGAGGGAUCACGCACAGAAUAAAGAAAUGGAAAUGGAAUCUGAUGAUGGUGAGGAAAAUUCCCAAAUGGAGACGGAUCUAUUACCUGAAGAGGAGGCCAGACAGUUAGAGCUGUUCAAGAAGAGAGCCAAAGAGGAAUUGGAAUUUCCCGAUGAGAUCGAGCUACACCCAGAGGAAAAAGCUGUUGAUAGACUCCGUAAAUAUAGAGGAGUGAAAUCCCUUUCAGACUGUCUUUGGGAUUACGAUGAAGAAGAUUCCAGUAGACCAUCUGAAUGGCUAAGAUACCUUCGAGUCAAAAACUAUGAUGCCACGAGAAAGAGGAUUGGCCAGCAGUACCAAAAGGCCGUGGAUGUGAGAGCGGGAGAGAAAUGCAGGAUGUAUAUUACAGUUUCUGCUGGCGUAUUAAACCAAAUGCGGAAUCCGGCUGUCGUCCCAUUUGUUGUCUAUGGACUAUUUGCACACGAACAUAAACUUGCAGUCUGCAAUUUUGCAUGCCAGACGUGGGAAAGCUACGCGUUGCCUAUAAAGUCAAAGGAGUCCAUCUACGUUCAGUAUGGAUCCAGAAGAGUGGCAGUACAGCCCCUGUUUUCGCAACCUUCGCAUAAUCCUAAUAAUUUGUCCAAGUUUGUGAGAUUUCUACAGGUUGGGUCUUCAGCUGUUGCUACAGUCGUGGCACCUAUCAGUUUCACAACCUCUCCAGCAUUAUUCUACAAGCAAACGGAGGAUGGAAAGGUGCAAAUCAUGGCUCAAGGUACGUUCAUGAAUUCCGACUAUACGAGAAUAAUAGCCAAGAGAUCUGUAUUAACUGGGGAGGUUCUUAAGAUUCAUAAGACAACUGUCACUAUUAGGUAUAUGUUCUUCCACUACGAAGACGUUUUGGCCUAUCAAAAUGUCCCAUUGUUCUCUAAGAUGGGACGUUCUGGCCUUAUUAAGGAGUCUUUGGGAACCCACGGUUACCUUAAGGCUACGUUUGAUGCAAAACUUAAUGCACAGGAUAUUGUUGCUAUGGCAUUGUAUAAAAGGAUGUGGCCUCGAAACGCUACAAAUUAA